CAAAGAUGACAGAUAUAGUCAACAGCUUUCGAGCUUUUUCUUGUGUUGUUUUGUCAUUUUAUUACUGAAUCUGCUAUAUUUGUGGUUUUUCAGUUCAGUUGUUGGUGGAAAUCAAAAUCCAUCUAUAUAAUUCAGAAAUCAACUUCAAUUCAGUUUUCCUUUUUGCUGUGAUUCUCAGAUGAUCAGCAUUGACUUCUGGAUUCAAAUUUCGAUAACAUAUUGGAAGAAUUGGAAUAUAUAUCCUUCGCUUUAGCAUCAGCAUACUUGCUUAAUUGCUUGCAUUGAUUCUAAUACUAUGGAUACAAAGAUGAGCUCAUCUCACGGAGUACGCGUGAACCCUCCAGGAAUCAAAGCUUGUUUAACCUCUGCCGUUCUUGAGUGGUUCUUGAUUGGUCUCUUAUACAUUAAUGCUCUACUUUCAUAUGUCAUAACCAAAUUUGCUCGUUCAUUCAAGUUACAAACCCCAUGUUUGUUGUGUUCGAGGUUGGAUCACGUCGUUGGGGAUGAGAAACCUGGAUUUUAUAAAGAUCUAAUUUGCAGCACACAUCAAUUAGAGGUUUCUUCAUUGGUCUUUUGUCAUGUUCAUAAUAAAAUCGCUGAUGUUCAUGGGCUAUGUGAAAGUUGUCUGUUUUCAUUUGCUACAGAGAGAAAAUCUAAUCCUGAGACGUUUCGGCUCUUGGUUGGUAAAUUGGGAACUGAUCUUACUGAUGAUGAGACUAAGGUAAUUCAUUCCUCAAAUGAAAGGCAAUGUACUUGUUGCACUGAGUUAUUUAAUUCUAGAUUGUAUACACAAGGAUUUCUCCAGAUGAAAUCUAUAGAGCCUGAUGUUGGUGAACUCAAUGAUCCUUUCCCACGUUCGGUGAGAACAAACCGUUCACUCAGUAUAAAUGGAUUGAAAAAUAAGAAGAGGUUAACAACACCUAAGUCAGUGAAUUGGUCCGGAGGGAGAAGCCGAAGUUUUGAUCCUUUGACUACUGUAGGAUAUACUGAGGUAAAGAUAACAUCUGAUUCUGAAACUGAAGCUCCAUUUUCUGAUGCUUUGGGAUAUACUGAGGUUAAGUUAACUUCUGAUUCUGAGUCCGAAGUCCCAUUUUCCGACGAAGAUCAACAUCAUAAUUAUGUUAAUGACUUGGUUUCUGAAAAGCAUGGCCUUGAGAAAGAAUUUGUUGGGAAAUUUGUCGAACCAGAUUCGUGUACAGGUAAUCCUGAAAAAUCACCAAGAAAUGUACCCAACGAUUUGGUCAAGGAGAAGCUGAUCCAUCAAGACUCUAUAGAAAAGCUGAUUCAUCAAGACUCCAUGCCAGAGCAUUUGAUUUUAUUUCCUGAUGUUCAACUCGAUGUUGGCAAACCCCAGUCAUCCGCAACCGACGUUGGACAUGGGUUGGAAGAACUUAACUGGCACCAAGAACAGGAGUCAAAUCCUUCCAUGUUAUCUGAACCAUUACAUGAUGUUCCCCCGCCACCUGAUUCAUGUGAAACUGUUGUUAAUGUUUCGGAAAAAACUUUUGUUAAGGAAACUAGUGAAGGUGAGGAACCCUGUAAAUUAGAGCGCGAGUUGAUCACAGAAGUUGGACCAGAGUUGAACCAGGGUGAACUUAUGAAUGAAACUUCUACAAAAACGACUAAAUUAAUUGAUUUAAGUGAUGCAUACAAGCUAGCUCUCAGUAAUAAGGGAAACCAAGUAUCCAGCAGUUUUGCAGAACAACUUACUCCAAAGGGCUCUGUCAAAGUUACUGAUGAGCUGAAACUGUUGCUAUCGCAAUUAUCUGCAGCUCGAGGGAUUGAUUUACCAAACGAUAUGACGAGCCCUAGAAUUCUUGGGAAUGCAGAGGAGUUCAAAAAUUCUGAAGCAUCUAGUGAAAUUGGAAUGCAGAUACUUCAGAAGAGGAUCACACUGGAAAGAAAUGAGUCUAACUUGUCUUUAGAUGGAAGUAUUGUUAGUGAAAUUGAAGGCGAGUCUAUUGUUGAUAGAUUAAAACGGCAAGUUGAGUAUGAUCGUAAAUCGAUGAAUGCUUUAUACAAGGAGUUGGAAGAAGAAAGAAAUGCUUCAGCAAUUGCUGCAAAUCAAGCAAUGGCCAUGAUCACUAGGUUACAAGAGGAGAAAGCUACCUUGCAUAUGGAAGCGUUGCAGUAUCUAAGAAUGAUGGAAGAACAAUCUGAAUAUGACGUUGAAGCAAUCCAAAAGGCACAUGAUCUUCUUGCCACGAGAGAGAAAGAAGUGCAAGAUUUGGAAGCAGAGCUUGAAAUUUAUAGGGAAAAAUGUGAAUCUAACUUUCCACCAAAUAAGGAUUACGAAGACAUCAAUAAGCAAAAGGCAGAUAGUACGCACGAGGAGAAAGAUUUAAAUAUUUCCAAGGAGUGUUUGAUAGAAUCUGAAAAUGAACGGUUAUACAUUACAGAGUGUAUGGAUAAUGGCGUUCAGGAGGAAGUGCCUAACAGUGAAUACUCUGAAAACAAGACUCAUGAUACAAGUGACCAAGAACAGAUCGAUGGUGCAGGAAAAGGUCAUAAACUUGAUGGAGUAGACUCUUCAAAGAAUAAGGAAACUGAUCUAGUUCCUGUUUUACAUGAAGUGUCAGAACUGAAUGAGAGGUUAAAAGCACUUGAAGCAGAUCGGAGUUUUCUUGAGCAUAUGAUUAAUUCACGUGAUGACGGAGUACAAUUCAUUCAGAAGAUAGCCCAUCACCUACAAGGGAUACGUGAGAUGGGUAUAAGAAGGGACCAUGCUUUGCUUUGAGCCUUUCUAUCCGGACUUAUCUCGAUGAGAUUCCCCAAGGUAUUUCACUAGGUGAAUGUCAACUAACCUGUUGAUGUACAAUACGGAGACAGCUUCUUCUGUACUUGGAUGCCAGAACAAGUUCAACAGUUGAAUUCAUGUAUGCUAUCAGAAGAAGCCCUCAUUCUUGUGACCAUUAGAUUGCUUUUCUAGUUUCUGUGAGUAUAGAAUUUUGUGGUUGUAUUUAUAAAUGAAAAAGGAAUCAGGAAGUUCAUUGUAGAGAAGAUCCUGUUCUGUAAAAAAUUGUCGUGUAUAAUCUGUUAGAUCGACGGUGGUUUCUGUUGUAAAUUGGAACAUAAUUUACUUGGUUAUAUAUUUUUCGUUGCUUAUAUAUUUGGCUA